AUCAUUCCCUUCCCCUUAUCCGCGGUUGGAUCCGAGUCGAGGGCAUUUCAGUACUUCAAACUCACACAGAGAACUCUACAACGGAGGAGAGACUUUAAAAACCCCAUCACGGCCCAGUGAUUUCCAUCGUCAUAACGCCGAGCGGCUCCUGAUGGACGACCCCAAAGACCCCUGGCGGCCGGAACACCCCCACCCGGCCUCCGCCCUCCGGCCGCCGGAGGCCCCCCGAGACCCCAUGGAGUUCCUCUCCCGCUCCUGGAGCGCCUCCGCCUUAGAAGUCUCCAAGGCCCUCGUCCCCCCUCUCCCCUCGCCGCCAGGGGCGAUCCUGGAGGACGCCGCCGGCGAGCUGGAGGAGGCCGCCGUCGCCGGCAACCCUUUCUCCUUCGCUUCCUCCGCCACCUCGCAGCUCGUCAUGGAGAGGAUAAUGUCGCAGUCGGAAGUGUCACCACUCACAUCGGGGCGUUUAUCCCACAGCAGCGGGCCUCUGAAUGGUGGCCAGAGCGGCGGAUCCCUGUCCGAUAGCCCUCCCGUCUCCCCUUCGGACAUCGACGACGUUAAGAUGCAGUUGUGCCGAGCUAGCAUCACGCCAAAGCCCCAAGCGUACAGGGGUGGCAGCAAGACGGUGGGGAGGUGGCUGAAGGACAGGAGGGAGAAGAAGAAAGAGGAGACUCGGGCCCAGAAUGCCCAGCUCCACGCUGCCGUCUCGGUGGCCGCCGUCGCCGCGGCGGUUGCCGCGAUCGCAGCCGCCACCGCCGCCACCUCGGGGUCGGGCAAGGACGACCGUGCCGCCAGGACCGACAUGGCGGUGGCGUCCGCCGCGACCCUCGUAGCCGCGCACUGUGUCGAGGCUGCCGAGUCCAUGGGGGCCGAGCGCGAACACCUGGCGUCGGUCGUCGGUUCCGCUGUUAAUGUCCGGACCCCUGGGGAUAUCGUCACUCUUACUGCAGCUGCUGCCACUGGUAACCAUGAUUCUUGUUACAGAGAUUUCCUCAGCCCGGUUAUAUCUCAUCCAGUUGAGAGACGUAAGAUUUGCUCUGGGUUGGCAGCACUGCGUGGGGCGGCGACAUUGAAGGCCAGGGCGCUUAAAGAGGUAUGGAACAUAGCGGCCGUCAUCCCGGUGGAGAAGGGAGGGAUGGGAGGCCACCAUGAUCAUCGCCACCAUAAGCAGCACAAGGAAUUGGAUAGCAAUGGAAGCAGUUUCAGUGAUGAGCUUGUACAGGACGAGGAGAACUUCCUUGGCCUCUGUAGCCAGGAGCUUCUCGCCCGGGGGACAGAGCUUCUCAAACGCACCCGGAAAGGUGCGCUUCAUUGGAAGAUCGUUUCGGUGUACAUCAAUCGCAUGGGCGUGGUAAUGCUUAAGAUGAAGAGCAGGCAUGUUGCAGGAACUAUCACUAAGAAGAAAAAGAGCGUGGUUAUGGAGGUUUGCAAGGAUAUCCAAGCAUGGCCGGGCCGACACUUGCUGGAAGGUGGAGAGCAACGGCGCUACUUUGGACUGAGGACGGCGGAGCGCCGGGUCAUCGAGUUCGAAUGCAGGAGCCAGAGGGAGUAUGAGAUGUGGACGCAGGGAGUAUCCCGCCUCCUCAAUAUCGCCGGCGAGAGGAAGCACCUCGCAUGAGGGGGAGAGACCGAUGCAAAUGAUCAGCCAUUUGCUAGCUGUGGAGUUGAGGAAAGGAAUGAUGGCUUGUGACCCAACUGGAAUCAAUGGCUUGGCAAGAAUUUUUGUAAUCAGAGAAAUGUGUGAAGUGGGUUCCAUCUGCCAUUGUAGAAAGAGAAAAGAGAAGUUAAUGAAAUCGACCAGAGGGGGUUCUUUACU